AUGCCGUUUUCAACACAAGCCAAACUUGUUCGAACCUCAUACCUCUACCUCUUUCUAUUGCUUUCUCUGGCGAUCAACAUCGAAGCCAAGGCAAACCUUGAAGCUUUCUUUACUGGCGGCCCACAAGGACUUGGUGUACGGAGAUACUGGCCAUAUAGGAGUGACCAGAAUGGAUGUAAAGAUCACGUAGCGGAUCUGGAGAGCAGUUACAAAGAGGCUUCAGAAUUAAUCGAUGCCGCAUUCGAUGCAAUUGCUUCACUCAAAGAGGCCAGACCAGGCAUUUUAUCUGUCUCCCAGAGACGAGAUUGGAACAGAAAGGCCCAAACAAUGGCUUCCAUGUUUGGGGUGAAGAUCGAUAAGAAAGGGGGCCCUGUCGCAGAGAAAGAAAGCGUAGACGGCUUCCAAUAUGUCGAAGGUAUCUUCAAUCAGAUGAAAGAGGGCAUGGACGACGAUCAACCAAAAGGUGCCGCGAUCUCUGGAACCCCAUACAGAACACCUCGUGACGCGGGAUUAUACUGUGGAGUUGAUGGUUGGAGAUACUACGGACCUAACGAUAACGAUCCCGCACGCCCAGGACAAUUAAUUUCUGAUCAUAAGAACCCCUCAUACCCCGAUGGCGCAUGGUACUUUUACCACAACUACAUGUUACUGGAGGGAAUGACGCCAACGAAACACGGACUGUGCGGGCCCAACAUGUACGCUUUUGCUAUCGCCCACCUGAAUCUGAUCACUUUUUGUGAUUUUGCGUGGUCAAGCCUGGCCAAGAAGAUUGAUCCAAAGGAGGUCAAACACACGGAUAUACUGGAUCAACAGUCGAGGAACUCUCUUUCAUCGGUCUGGGUACAUGAACUCGCUCAUUUUUACGGAACUUACAAAGCUUCUAUAGAGGACGCACUUACGGAUCAUGAGGCGGUGGAUGGUGAUGGAAAGGUUCAGAUCGGUCCGGAUGGGUUGUCGAAGAAAACUUAUGGUGUGGCCUAUGUUAUGAACCUGGCGAAGAAGAGUACACGCUUGGCGACUCAUACUGCAGACGCUUAUUCCAUGUUCGCCGUUGCGAUGUACCUUCCAAAGUGGAAUUGGUCGAAAGGCUUCGCAGAUUGA